CUCAGAUUUCCUCCAUUAAAAUCCCGUUCCCAAUUUGUCCGAGCAAUCAAGGGUUUCCCAUUUGCCGGGCGAUCCAAAUUUCCGUUUUUUUGUUCGAUCUUCUUCUUCUCAAAGACGUCCCGAGCUUGCUUCUCCUGCAAAUCGGAUUCCGCCACCAUGCCUCGCAGCCAUACCUCGGAGGACUCCGAUUCCAGCCCCAGCGCUUCCAGCUCCUCUUCCGGCGACGAGAGUCUGGCCAUUACCGGCCAGAUGCAGAGGACGGAUUCCAACCCUGAUCCCGAAUCCCCUAACGCCGCCCACCAGUCCUCCGACGAGACCGGCAGCAGCGACGGCGUGCUGGUGGAGCUCCCCAGCAAUAACGACCAGGAUUCCAGGAGCUUGCACGGGGAGCCUGAUAGCGGUGUUCUGGUAAACAUCGAUGGGUCGAUGCAGGAGCAUCAAGAGAGGGAAGAUCUGUUCGUCGACGCUUCCGAUCAUGUCGGACGGAGUCCAAAGCUCGGGGAGUCGGCGGCGAUGGUGGAGGUAGGGGAGACCUCACGGAGCAGAAGAUUAAGAGAGCAAGAUUUGGAACGCCUCCAGGCUCGGCUGGAU